GUUGCAGAGAGGAUAGGGAAGGGCGCAUAUGGUGGAGUUUGGCAGGCAACAGUGUUGGACACUAAAGAAGAAGUUGUUGUGAAAGUCGUCUGGCCUGAUGCAGAUCUUGACCCCGAGGACGCAAAGACAGAGAGCCCGCGAGAGAUCGCAAUGAUGAAACUUGUUGGAAGUCAUCCAAACAUUGUUUCCAUGCUUGGCGCCACUGCAGAUUCAACUGUGAUUGUGUUUGAAGAAGCCCUGACAGAUCUGCACGUCAUCAUCAAGAAGCAACAUUUCCAGAUGAUACUCAAGUGCACAACUGACAUUCUCAAAGGAGUCGAGUAUCUCCAUUCGAUAAGGGUGGUUCAUCGCGAUUUGAAACCUGCAAACAUCCUUGUUUUCAAAGACUUAACUGUUAAGAUUGGAGACUUUGGCCUGGCACGAGAGUUUGUAAACGACAAGAUGGUAGUGAGAGAUGAAGUAUCGACGCUGUGGUAUCGGGCACCAGAGCUGAUCAUGGGAGCCGAGUCUUACUCAUCCAAGAUUGAUGAAUGGUCAGUUGGGGUCAUCGCUCUGGAGAUGCUCAACGGUCAA